AUGGUAAAAUUCUACGACACCGACUUCACGUACGACUACUCAUUCCCCGCCGUCGCCCUCGCCUACUUCCUCCGCUACCCAAACCCAUACAGCACACAUGUCCUCUCCAGCGACGUGAUCGACCGCCAUGUCGACCCCGAGACCGGCCGGCUGAGCACAACGCGCAUCCACCUCAAGCGCUCGCGCCUUCCUCCCGCCAUCCUCAAGCUCCUCCCCAAGUCCGUCCAGGGCAACGUCGCUGGCGGCUCGAGCUCGUCUUAUAUCCUCGAAACGAGCACCGUCGAUGCGAAGGAGGGGUGGAUGCAGACCGAGUCCCGGAACCUCGACUGGACGGGCAUCCUGAGCGUGGUGGAGAAACAGGUGUAUACGCGGCAGACCUCCGGCGAAAAGGUCGCCCUGGAUGAUAUGCAGUCGGGCACGACGGCCGUGGCUACCUCGAUUAAAUUCCGAUCUCGGCUGGGUGAGAGACUGAGGGCUAGGGCUGAGGCACGGAGAGCGGAAGCAGACGAGGUGAAUGCGAAUCCGGACGAGGAGCCGAGGAAAGGCUUCCUUGCGAGCUGGUCGACUGCUGGCAUUCAGCGAAGUAUCGAGGCUAUUGCUAGUCGGAGGACGAUUGAUAGCCAGGGCAAGAGCAAGAUGGGAAUGACGAUUGUGCUGGAACGGCUACGAAAUGGAGGGUUGAUGGGAGGGCUGGAAGGGAUGAGGCGCGACCGGGAGGCGCUGUUUAGCGGGGACGCCGCUGUGAAACGGGCAUGGAAGGACGAGAAGCGCCAGAUUGAAAAGGAGGGGUGA